CCGGGGUGGUGGGCGGGCCUUGAAGCCCAGCAAGAAGUAUGGAGGAGCCCGGGGAUCCCCAGUCCAGCCCGAGCUCCCCGUCCUCACCUCGGCACUGCGCGGGGGUCUCGGUGUCCAAGGAGCUGCUGACGGCGGGGAGCGGCGGCCAAGGAGGUAUAUGGGACAGGUUGCUCAUCAACUCCAAGCCUAAUUCCAGAAAGAAUUCCACUCUCCAAACAGUUCGGAUAGAGAGAAGUCCCUUAUUGGACCAAGUACAGAGCUUUCUCCCACAGAUGGCUCAGGCAAAUGAAAAGCUAAGAAGAGAAAUGGCAGCUGCACCACCUGGUUGUUUUAAUAUUGAAAAUAUUGAUGGGGCUCUGGGAAAAGUGAUCCAAAUGGAUGUGGCUUUGUUUGAGAUGAAUCAGUCCAAUUCAAAAGAAGAGGAUAGUUCAGAAGAGAAUUCACAAGACAGUUCAGAGGACAGUUCGGAAUCGGAGGAUGAAGAUGACAGCACCUCUUCUGAAGUCACCAUCGAUAACAUUAAGCUCCCUUACUCAGAAGAGGGAAAAGGCAAGAUAGAGGUUUUGGACAGUCCUGCCAGUAAAAAAAAGGAAUAAUGUAAUAAAUGACCUAAGAAACAGGUGACAUAUGCCUACUAAUUCUGUGAAAAAGAAUGUGGCUCACUGGUUAUCUGUGGUGCUUUUAUGUAACACUGGGUGAAUUUUGUUUCUCAGAGAAGCAGAAGCUGUCUUUUAAAGAGUUGGAAUAGGUGGCGUUUGGGGAUCUUCUAAGAGCAGACUGUCUUUGGUCUCAUGUUAAAGCGAUUUAAUUUAGAAAACUUUACUUUGUUCAUGGUGAUGAGUGAAUUUAUUAUCUGCUUUCUCCAGUGUACAUGUGUAGAUUUCAGAAAUACCAAACUUAUUUUAAAGUAAAAGUACAAAUGGCC